GUUUCAUAAUAUGAAAACCGCAGUUUCCAGACGAGGACACUCCCCCGAGCCCGUUUACAGCCUGCAGGUGGGAGCAAAGAGCUGAAUCGCCUCACAGAGCCCGGAUGUUGCCGUGCCAGGAAGCUUCCUUCCGCCUGUGCGCUGCGGUUUGUUUUGCUGGAACGUACUAAAGUUAACGAGGGGAAUGGGGGGGGAGCAUGUAUUUUUUUAAAGCCUAGAAACAGAGACAGUCCAUACGUAUAUAAAGUGCAGCGUUUACGGAAGGGACUGUAGGGUUCUAAGAAAGGGAUGCGCCAGAAAGAAGAGGACUGACUUGCUCGAAAGGAAUAGAUGUUUUCUUUAAUGGUUUCCCCUCCCGUUCAGUCUUAAUUGGACUGAUCCGAAGGCUGAGUCGUGCGUCCUGAAAAGCAGCAUCGGGACAGAGGACACCUUAUUCAUUAGCCUUCCCAAAAGCAAAGAUGAACUGCCGUUCAGAGGUGUUAGAGAUCUCAGUUGAGGGUCGUCAAAUUGAAGAAGCCAUGCUGGCUGUUCUGCACACCAUACUGCUGCAUCGCAGCACAGGGAAAUUCCAUUACAAGAAGGAAGGGACCUAUUCCAUUGGAACAGUUGGCACACAAGAUGUUGAUUGUGACUUCAUUGAUUUCACCUAUGUCAGAGUCUCUUCUGAGGAACUUGACAGGGCAUUGAGAAAAGCUGUUGGGGAAUUCAAGGAUGCCCUGCGGAGCUCAGGCAAUGAUGGGAUGGGCCAAAUCUCUCUGGAGUUCUACCAGAAGAAGAAAUCCCGGUGGCCCUUCUCAGAUGAAUGCAUCCCUUGGGAAGUGUGGACUGUCAAAGUGAAUGUGGUGAACCUUGCCAACGAACAGGAGCGGCAGAUCUGUCGGGAGAAGGUGGGUGAGAAGCUCUGUGAAAAAAUUAUUAAUAUUGUGGAAGUGAUGAACCGACAUGAAUACCUGCCGAAGAUGCCUACUCAGUCUGAAGUGGACAAUGUCUUUGAUACAGGGCUGCGAGAUGUCCAGCCCUACCUCUACAAGAUUUCUUACCAGAUCACUGACUCACUUGGGACGUCUGUCACUACCACCAUGCGACGCCUCAUCAAGGACACUUUGGCACUCUGAUGUCCAUGAGACUCCGGGCACUCUGAUCUAGCAGGGAGAUGACAUGCGCAACUGACAUUCCGCUCUCACUAAGUCCCAAAGUUGACUAUCCAGGAAUCUUAACAUCUGGAUGCCAUGUUCUUUUAUUCCUAAACCACUUCAGGAAAUGGGUGGCACUAGCCCUGUACACUAGCUUACUAGAUCCCAACUUCCCCUCUUUAACUUUUUUUUCAUUAAUUUAGUUCCAUUAAAUGAACUGUAAUAUAUACAGAGAACUUACAAUUUUCUCCUUGUAAGAGAAAAUGCGGUACAUGUUUCAUGAGCAUUUCCAUAUUUCCAAGGGUGAUGCUCUUCAUGAGCUUCAAAACUUAUUUAAAACAGAUGCCUUUAUUUCUUAAUUUUGGGCUCUUUUAGAAAUGGAAAGCUGCCAAGGUGAGAUUUCUUGGCAAAAUACGUGCCUUUUUUCCUGAAAACAGGAAAUCACGGUGGUCCUUCUCAGAUACACUUCUGGCUUUAAGACAAUUGAAUCAAAUUAAAAGACCUCUGUCCUUCUGAGCAUAAUUUCCAGGGCUUUACAGCCCAAGUUUUUCUUUAAAACAUUGGCUUGAAAUUAAUUGUAAUUUCCAACUAGAAUAGGCCCAUUGAAUUAACUGGUAAAUAGUUAAGUCAGUACUUACUCAGAGUGGUCGAUUUGACCAGAUGAGCGGGGUAUAAAUCAAAUAAAUAAAUAAAUUACUUUAGUCCAAUUGACUCAGUGGGUCUUUAGUUUGGUGUGGCCAUUCCGCCCCUCUUCAAACCCAUGAUUCUUACCUCGGUAGAGUGUCAAAGUCAGGAGCUUGCAUUUCUAGAAAAGAUAAAAGAUUUACCUUCUCUCAUUUAAGUUUUCAAAUGCAAUGGUAUGUAUAUAAAAAUAAUAGUCUGCAAAUUAAAAAUGUAAACUCAAAAGAAA